AACCUCGUCCUCGCCAUCCAACCGCCGUCCUACAUAUUCCCGUCGCAGCACUGUUUUUCCCCCUCUCCCGUGUAACCAUGUAAACCGUCGCGAUGUAUCCGCCAUUUGAUUACUUUGAGCACCGCCGGGCCUGCGUAAUCAAGCAGCGCCAUCGCGACGCUCGUUUCGACUCUCUCCCCGAUCCCUACAGAGGCCCCCUCACCUCCCAACAGCGCUCCAUUCUCAACGCCCCAAUCGCGCAGCUUGUUCGCGACGUCCACGAUGGCACCCUCUCGCCGAUCGACAUCCUCCGCACCUACGGGAAGACCACAACCGUCGCGCACCAGCGGACCAACUGCGUCACAGAGAUCCUCUUGCCAGAGGCCGAGUCGUGGGCGAGGAACGAGCAGGACGUGAAUCUCAAGGGUCCGCUCGCCGGCGUUCCCGUGUCCCUCAAGGACUCGAUCGCCGUGGGCGGCUUCGACGUCAGCGUGGGCUACUCGCGCAACGUCUUCAAACCCUACAGCGAGGAUGGGGUCAUGGUGAAGCUUCUCAAAAGAGCUGGAGCGAUCCCUCACGCCAAGACUGCGCUGCCCAUAACGCUGUUGAGCUUUGAGAGCACCAAUGAUCUGUGGGGUGUGUGCAAGAACCCGCACAACCCAAGGUACUCACCUGGAGGGAGUACAGGCGGCGAAGGCGCUCUGUUGGCAUUAAACGGAUCGAGAAUUGGCAUCGGUUCCGACGUCGCCGGCUCUGUGCGCGCCCCUGCAGCUUGGUCGGGGAUCAAUUCUCUGCGCUGCUCGACUGGCCGAUGGCCGAAAGUCGGGAUGAAUACCUCCAUGCCAGGCCAAGAAGGCAUUCCCAGUGUGUUUUCCCCGAUGGCCAGGACCUUGGAUGACUUGACCUACUUCACGCGGGCAUUCAUCGGCAUGAAGCCCUGGGAAGUGGACUACACGGUCCAUCCUGUUCCAUGGCGACAGGAGCUCUACGAUGAAGCGCUAGAAAAGAAACCGCUACGUAUCGGCCUGAUGUCCACAGACGGCGUUUGCGCUCCCGCUCCGGCGAUUUCUCGCGGUCUGGAUAUCACGGCCUCGGCGCUUCGCUCCGCUGGUCACCAAGUGGUUGAAAUCCCCGUCUCUUCGUAUCCCCCGGCUGCCACACCUGCCCAAGGCUUACAGAUCGCCAGCGUGCUGCUCUGUGCCGACGGUGGGAGGACUUUCCGAUCCUUCUUCCGUACAGGUGAAACCAACGACCCAGGCGCGGCGCAGAUCAAUUUCUACAUGGCCCUGCCUCGACCUCUCAAAUACCUGUGGUACCUCUUCACGCGCUAUAUCCGGCGUGACUCGGUGUGGGCGUCCAUCCUCCGCUAUUUCCAUCCCCUGAGCGCGUUCGAGCAGUGGCGUUGGGUUGCCAAACGCGAAGCUUUCAGGGCGACGUGGUUCGACUGGCUCAACCAGCCCGCGCAACAGUUUGAUUUUAUUCUGUGUCCCGGCAACGCUACCCCGGCCCUGCCGCAUGGGUGUAUGAAGGAGGCCGUGAGCAGCUGUGGGUACACAUUCUUGUGGAAUCUUUUGGAUUACACCGCUGGUAUCCUCCCUGUUGCCAAGGUGGACAAGGAAAAGGAUGCUCUGCCCAAGGGGUUUCGACCGGCGAAUGGAAUCGAGAAGGGCGCGUACAGGUACUAUGACAGCGCGAAGAUGGCGGGCCUCCCGAUUGCGGUCCAGAUCGUGGGACGGAGACUGACAGAGGAGAAGGUCCUGGGGUACAUGCAAGUCGUGACGGAUGCGUUGAGAGAAAGCGGAACAGUGUACGAGCAUUUGGACGUCGACAACCUCCCCGAGAUUGACGAGCUGGAGCAAGGAAGCAGCAAGAAGAUCCCCGUAGACCCCAAGAAGAUCUGGUAGUACGGCGCCGCCCUCGGGUAAGUGUUGAGAGUUGCGAGCGGGUGGCCAGCGAGUGAGAAAUGAGAUGGUUGAGGAGAGAGGAGAGAGAGAGGAACAUGAUUGAUCUGCAUAUAUAUGUGUGUACGCAUGUGCGUAUGGAUCAAGUAGGCGGCCGCUCUCGAGAAGAACCUAUCCGCGGUAUAUUAAAUCAUGCAUGUACCAGCCAACUUCGCAGCGACAACAGAGAGGCCAAGCCAGAAUCCAAUUCAUUAUGAUAUCGCAAGGCCAGGGUUCUUUGAGAUGCCAUCCAUGGUUUUCUCACAUUCUUUUUACGGCAGGCCGAAAUAUAAGUACUCGAGAUGGAGGACGUAGCCUGAGACGAGAACAGAGGGCCACAGAAACAGUUCAUCUCGGGCGCCUCGUUUCGAAAUUAUACAUAUACAUAGGUCUGUUAAGU